GAGGGCAGGCCUUGUAAAAAAAAAAAAAAAAAAAAAAAAAAGACUUACUUCUUUUUAUUUUUAUUAUUUUUAAAUUAAUUAAUUAAUUAAUUAUUUUUUGAGAUGGAGUCUCACCCUGUCGCCCAGGCUGGAGUGCAAUGGCGUGAUCUUGGCUCACUGCAACCUCCACCUCCUGGGUUCAAGUGAUUCUCCUGCCUCAGCCUCCAGAGUAGCUGGGAUUACAGGCGUGAGCCACUGCGCCCGGCCUCUUAUUUUUAGGCAGCAUCUCACUCUGUCACUUAGGCUGGAGUUCAGUGGUGCCAUCAUAGCUCACUGCAGCCUCGACCUCUGGGGUUCCAGCAGUCCUCCCGCCUCAGCCUCCCGAGUAGUUGGGACUACAGGCGCAAGCCACCAUGCCCGGGUUUUUUCUGUUUUAAUUUUUAUAGAGACGGGGUCUCACUUUCCAUCCAGGCUGGAAAGGAUGCCUGGAUGCCUUUUAUUAUUAUUAUUAUUAUUAUUAUUUUUAGAUAGAGUCUCUGUCGCCCAGGUUGGAGUGCAGCGGUGUGAUCUCGGCUCACUGCAACCUCUGCCUCCCGGUUCAAGCUAUUCUCCUGCCUCAGCCUCCCGAAUAGCUGGGAUUACUGGCUCCUGCCACUACGCCUGGCUAAAUUUUGUUAUUUUUAGUACAGUCGGGGUUUCCCCAUGUUGGCCAGGCUGGUCACGAACUCCUGACCUCAAGUGAUCCGUCCGCCUCGGCCUCCCAAAGCUCGGGGAUUACAGGCGUGAGCCUCCGCGCCCAGCCCUGGAUGCCUUGUAAAUCACUACUCACCCAGGAAGAGCCAGCGACAGGCCCCGCCCCCCGCCAACCGCCUCGCGCCCUCCGUCGCCCGGUUUCCAUGGUGACGGGGCGCCAGGCUAGGGCGGCCUGGCCACUGAGCUGGGGUGCAGUGGCAGCAGGAGGGUACCUGGCGACGGCGAUAUGAGCGGUGCGGGGGUGGCGGCUGGGACGCGGCCCCCCAGCUCGCCGACUCUGGGCUGCCGGCGCCAGCGCCCCUCUGUGGGCGUCCAGUCCUUUAGGCCGCAGAGCCCGCAGCUAAGGCAGAGCGACCCGCAGAAACGGAACCUGGACCUGGAGAAGAGCCUGCAGUUCCUGCAGCAGCAGCACUCGGAGAUGCUGGCCAAGCUCCAUGAGGAGAUCGAGCACCUGAAGCGGGAGAACAGGGAUCUCCAUUACAAGCUCAUAAUGAAUCAGACAUCACAGAAGAAAGUGGGGACAGGUUCUGGGGGACCUGGACAGAUGCCGCUACCUCUAGCCGUGGCUGGACGAUGUUAUGCAGCCAAGCACAGCACCUGCUGCUCUCAGCCAGGAGGCAAGCAUGGGCAUCUUGCAGGCAGUGGCGCCGACACUGUGCGCUCUCCUGCAGACAGCCUCUCCACGUCAAGCUUCCAGUCUGUCAAGUCCAUCUCUAAUUCAGGCAAGGCCAGGCCCCAGCCCGGCUCCUUCAACAAGCAAGAUUCGAAAGCCGACAUCCCCCAGAAGGCGGACCUGGAAGAGGAGCCCCGACUUCACAACAGCAAGCUGGACAAGGUUCCUGGGGUACAAGGGCAGGCCAGAAAGGAGAAAGCAGAAGCUUCUAACGCAGGAGCUGCCUGUAUGAGGAGCAGCCAGCACCAGGGCAGGCAGAUGGGGACGGGGGCACACCCCCCAGUGAUCCUGCCCCUUCCCCUGCGAAAGCCCACCACACUUAGGCAGUGCGAAGUGCUCAUCCGCGAGCUGUGGAAUACCAACCUCCUGCAGACCCAAGAGCUGCAGCACCUCAAGUCCCUCCUGGAAGGGAGUCAGAGGCCCCAGGGGGCCCCAGAGGAAGCUAGCUUUCCCAGCGACCAAGAAACCAUGCAUUUCCCCAAGGUCUCCACCAAGAGCCUCUCCAAGAAAUGCCUGCUUCUGAGCCCACCUGUGGCGGAGCGUGCCAUCCUGCCCGCACUGAAGCAGACCCCGAAGAACAACUUUGCCAAGAGGCAGAAGAGGCUGCAGGCAAUGCAGAAACGGCGCCUGCAUCGCUCAGUGCUUUGAGCCACCCGCAUCUGGUCAGUGCCAGGCCCACCAACCUGCAGCUGGAGACUGGCUCUCUAUAGCAUUUCCUGAUACUUCCACUACUUUUAGGCCUGGCUGAAUUCCAAAUUCCAAAAUAGAUGGCACUCAAGAUAGAUAAAGUACUUGAUCUCCAAACUGACAAACUGUUUAUUUUCUAGCUGUUAUUUUGCUAUUUGGCAUUUACAUAAAAGCACAUGAUGAAGUAGGUAUCGCCUUACCUGUUGAAACUGAAAAUAAAGCUUGUUUAUUUCCAA